GACUGCAGGAAUGUCCACCAGAGCUGUUGCUAGAGAAUUUAAUGUUAAUUUCUCUACCAAAAGCUGCCUCCAACUAGAAUUUAUCAAGUAUGUCCAACCGGCCUCACAAUCGCAGACCACGUGUAAGCACGCCCGCCCAGGACCUCCACAUCCGGAUCCUUCACCUGCCAGAUAGUCUGACACCAGUCACCUGGACAGCUGAUGAAACUGAGUAUUUAUGUCUGUAAUAAAGCCCUUUUGUGGUGAAAAACUCAUUCUGAUUGGCUUGGCCUGGCUCCCAAGUGGAUGGGCCUACACUCUCCCAAGCCUACCCAUGGCUGAGCUCCCCGCCCAAUCAUGUGAAGUCCAUAGAUUAGGGCCUAAUGGAUUUCAAUUGACUGAUUUCCUUAACUGUAACUCAGUUGUUGAAAUUGUUGCAUGUUGCAUGUUUGUUCAGUAUAACGUUAAUUGACUGCAAUAUUUUUUAGACUGCAAUACACCUGCUCAAACACUGGAAUUAUCCAUGUACGUGGCCUAAGGUCCAGCAAGGACAAAGAUCACCUCUGUCUAUAAAUGGAGCACCAACCUUGCUGAUUUUAGUUUGGGUCCCUCAAAAGCCAUGAAGAGAGCCAACAUCUUUAUUCUGCUUCUUGCUGGUGUGUUGGUCAACGGAAAAGACCUCCGCUGGCAGAACAGCUAUGACCAGCCUUUGGAUUUUAAUUGCCCAUCAGGACAAUCCAUCUCUCGCAUAGUGAGUGAGCAUCACAACAAACAUGAAGACCGUAUGUGGGACUUUGGGUGCAAAGCCACAUUUGACUCAGCAACUAACUGCUUCAUAUCUUCCUACGUAAAUGACUUCGACAAACCUUUCAACUACCAAUGCCCAAGCCACCAGGUCAUCACAGGGAUGAACAGCUAUCAUGACAACAAGCAUGAGGACAGAAGAUAGAAGUUCACCUGCUGUGGAGCCAGCAACUUCUGUACUGAUUCCUGCCAGUGGACCAACUACGUAAACUGGUUUGAUGAGGCCUUCACUUUUAAUGUCCCACCAAAUUUCUACCUGAUUGCAGUUGAAAGCUACCAUGACAACAAGUAUGAAGAUCGUCGCUGGCGAUACCAAUACUGUACCAGAAGGUCAUGCUGAAUCUAUACAGUAACUGAUUCUUCCUACAAUCAGAUUAUUUUAUCCAUUGUUGUCUCUUGAUAAUCUUGAAAGAAAUUAAUGAUUAAAGAUACAUGCAUCAAA